AAGAAAGAAAGAAAGAAAGAAAAGAGAAAGAAAAUGGAGCUAUAAUCUGAGGGAACCAGAUUGGAAGACUGAGGCCAGGAAAGAGGAGGAAGUCACUCAGGCUGUGGCAGAUACAGAAAUGGGACAGUUGCUACUCAGUCCAGGUAGCCUGUGCCUAGGGCCAAGUCACUACAUGCCCAGUGCUUUAGCUGGUGCCAGACCGGGACUAGAGAUGGGACAGGAAGUCUAGAGGACAAGGAGGGGUGCCCUCCCCUAGUUAUAGUUAGGCUCUUUCUUCCUGCCCCAGUCUCCUUCCAGUCCCGAGUGACCUUUCCUCCAGAUCCCAGGGGCCAGGCCUGCCUGGCCAGCCACAGCUGGGAUUGGCCGGAGCCGGAGGAGGUGUGUCCAGACUCCCACAGGCCCCAUCUGCUAACAGCAGGUGGAGUUCCAAGACAGACCAGGGACCUCCAGUCCCUGACAAGAUCUGUCCUCUAGACAUGGCACUGGGCCCCCAUGGUCGCCAGCCCUGUGGCCACACACGGGUGCAGACAGCCUAGACCCGGCCACCUAUGGCCUGUGCUGUGGCCCUGAUCCAGACACAGAUGGCUCCUGCCGUGGAUGCAGGGGAUGUGGUGUCUCCGGCAGUGGACCUGGUGCUGGGUGCCUCAGCCUGCUGCCUGGCCUGUGUAUUCACCAAUCCCCUGGAAGUGGUGAAGACCCGUCUACAGCUACAGGGUGAACUGCAGGCCCCAGGCACCUACCCACGGCCCUACCGGGGCUUUGUGUCUUCUGUCGCAGCCAUCGCCCGGGCAGACGGGCUGUGGGGCCUGCAGAAGGGGCUGGCCGCUGGCCUGCUCUACCAGGGCCUCAUGAAUGGUGUCCGUUUCUACUGCUACAGCCUGGCAUGCCAGGCUGGCCUCACCCAGCAACCGGGUGGUACAGUGGUCGCAGGUGCUGUGGCUGGGGCAUUGGGAGCCUUUGUGGGAAGUCCUGCUUACCUGGUCAAGACCCAGCUGCAGGCCCAGACAGUGGCUGUUAUGGCCGUGGGGCACCAGCACCAGCAUCAGAGUGUCCUGGGUGCUUUGGAGAGCAUCUGGCGCCGGCAGGGUCUACUAGGGCUGUGGCGGGGUGUGGGUGGGGCUGUGCUCCGAGUCACAGUGGGCUCAGCCGCCCAGCUGGCCACCUUCGCCUCGGCCAAGGCCUGGGUACAGGAGCGCCAGUGGCUUUUGGAGGACAGCUGGCUGGUAACCCUGGCUGGAGGCAUGAUCAGCAGUAUAGCGGUGGCUGCGGUCAUGACUCCCUUCGACGUGGUCAGCACUCGGCUAUAUAACCAACCGGUGGACAGAGCCGGCAGGGGCCAGCUGUACGGGGGCCUCACUGACUGCCUGGUGAAGAUCUGUCAACAGGAGGGACCCCUGGCACUCUACAAGGGCCUAGGCCUUGCCUACCUGCGCUUGGGCCCCCACACCAUCCUUAGCAUGUUCUUCUGGGAUGAGCUGCGGAAGCUGGCCGCAAGGGCCCAACACCAGGGCACCUAGCCUUGUCUCUCACCCCACCGCCAAGCAGGGCAUUUGUGGAAGUGAUGGCCUGCUUCAGUAGGACUGGCUGCCCGGAGCCAGCUUGAGUCAGGCCCUGCCACAGGUCAGGGGAGUGACCCGGGGACCAGUCCCAGGACUAGUUCACCCCAAGUCACCGCCCCUCACCCCCUUCCUCUCCCCUGGGUUACCGUGCCCUAGCACAUUGCCACAGUAGCGUCUGCGUACAAGGGUCCCCGUGAGCAAAUCCACUCAGUGGUACUGGCUUCUCAGUCCUCCGCCUACUGUGUGACCACACAAGCCUUGCUCAGAACAGGGAAACUGAGGGAGAUAUGACUCUGGCUGGGGUCACAUGGCUUUCCGGUGACAGAGCCAGGACUACAGUCUGACUCUGCCUACCCCAUCCUACGCUCUCAGCAAGGGAACUGCCAGGACCGUUGGGCAGCGGAUCCCUCAGAGGCCGCUGCACGUGAGGAGACUUACAGUUGGGCCACGAGGGAAGCCUUGGUGUCCCCAGACUCUAGCUAGCUAAGGCCAGUUAUGGAACAAAGUUCUAAAACCUUGGGAACUUGAACAAGAAAAACCUAUUUUCUUACCUCCGGAAGCCCAGAAGCCCAAGAAGGUAUUGGCAAUGUUAGUGUCUCUCUCCUUUUAUUUCUGUUAUUUGUGGUACUGUGGUGGAACCAGGGUCUGGGCAUGUCAGUCACGUGAUCUGUGACCUACACCCUCAGCCCAGGGCUGACUUCUCCAGAGGCUUCUCUCCUUGAGCAGCCUCUUCCCAGUGCUUACCAUCUUCUCUGUGUGUUGGAGCCACAUCAGCUUUUAUUAGACUAGGGACAGGUCAGUCCGCAGAAUGCCUGCCAGGGACUCAUGAGGCCCCGGGUUCCAUCCCCAGCACCGAAUAAACCGGGCACAGUGGCACAGGCCUGUAAUCUCAGCACUUCGGAGGUGGGUCAGGAGGAUCAGGAGUUCAUUUUCAGCUACAUAGUGAGUUUGAGGCCAGC